GCUUCUAACGCCGUUUGUUUAACAUCCGGUGUGGAGACGGGGUCUCGGCUAGCUUGGCUAACUGUCGCCUCGCGCUGGUAACCCGGCUUUACAGCGCGUGACAGCGGGAUUGGAACAGAACGGAAUGGCCUCCCCUCUCCCCCUCUCCUCCCUGCGCCUCCUCGUCCCUCCUCUCCGCCUGCUGACAGCGGCGAUGUGGCAGGUCGCUCGGCAGCAGAGCGUGAAGCACUAUGGGAUGCUGGAGGACUUUGUCGCCACGGUGACGGAGGCGGUGCCACAGCUGCUGACGGACAGGCAGAGGCGACUGUUGCUGCUCGCUCUGAGGGCCAAGGUUACACUCUCAGAUCCCGAGGACAGAGACACUCAGCUGGACAGGAAACCCCCCGUCGCCGAGGUCACGUUUGUCUGUGUUGUGUCUCAGCAGUUUGACGAGUGGCACUCUGCGCUGGUCCAUCUGAGCGAUAAAGAGACGCUGAGCGCCGCAGAGAGACAGCGCCUCCUGCAGGAAGUGUUUGACCACAGGUUUGACUCCGCCCUCUUGUCCCUGGUUUCUGACUUCCUGUCCAGGGUUGAGCAGCUGUUUCCUGUGCCAGACUUCAAACAGGCAGCGUCCUGGCUCGACACUUUCCCUGCUGGUGUGGAGGACUGUCUGCAGGAGGCGGAGCCUGAGGAUCUGAGGGAGCUGCUGACCAAUCAGAGCUGUUUACAGGGCCGAGCCACCACCACGGUGGGUCGUGACACAGAGAAGACCCUCCUUGCCGCUUGGUCCCACCCCCUCUUCACCAAACUGACCAAUCGCGAGCCGCCUCCUGAAGACCCUGCUGUCCCUGAGGAGCUGGUGAAGUUGGAGGUGGUGGUCAUGACGGAGGACGAGCAGGACCAGGUGGAGGGGGAUGAGGAGGCUGUGAUUGGUCAGAACGUGUCACCUGUCCAGCAAGAGGCGUCCAAUGAGAGUCCAGCAGGGGGCGGCGAUGAACACGCCAUGACACCUGUGAUGCUGCAGGUGGACGGGAUGAAGGCUUUGCCUGGAAACGCUGCUGUCCAAUCAGAAUACACAGUCGACCAAUCAGGCGUGUCCUGCUCUGAGGUCACAGCUAAUGCCCUGUUCAGCAUUUCCCAUAAUUCUCAGCGUGUGGCUCACAAGUGUCCUCAGUGCAGCAAGUGUUUUAUUUACCGCUCGCAGGUGAUCCGUCACCUGCGCACCAACAAGUCCUGCAGCGCUGCCUUGACCUCGGCAGGUGUUUUAAACCUGCAGGAUCAACCGAGCCCUCCUGACGAAGAGCCCCGCCUCCCGGAGCCCCGCCUCCCGGAGCCCCGCCCUGUCAGGUCUCUGUCGUGUUUCCAGUGUAACGCCGUCUUCAAAACCAAACCCGAACUCCUGUCGCACCAGCGCAGCCACCGUGCGCGACCCGUGUACCAGUGCGGCCAGUGCGACAAAGAGUUCCACCACCUGUCCAGUCUGACCAAUCACAAGCAGACGCACCUAGAGAAGGGCGGAGUCACCUGCGGCAGCUCCGAUCGGGUGUUGGAGACGACGGCGGAGCGAGACGGUGGCCGCCUGCAGCAGCGUCCGCCCGACCUGACCUGCACCGUGUGCGAGCAGACGUUCAGUUCUCAGACGCAGCUGCUGCGGCACCUGCAGACGCACUCAGCAGAGGGCGCUGCGCCGCAGUACACCUGCCGCUUCUGCAGCCAGAGCUUCUCAGGUGUGACGCAGCUCCGUAUCCACCAGCGGUCUCACGCUCAGCGCUCGUACCAGUGCGACCUCUGCAGUAAGACUUACGGUUCUCUGACCGGUCUCCAGUCUCACCGCGCCGGCCACAGCGCCGAGAGCCGCUUCCUGUGUCCACAGUGCGGCAAGCGCUUCAAGACGAGGGACGGACUGGAGGGACACCUGAGGACGCACACGGGGGAGCGGCCCUACCGCUGCCCCUACUGUCCCAAAGACUUCACCGCGCUCGCCGGCCUCAACGUGCACGUGCGGCGGCACACGGGCGAGCGGCCGUACGUGUGCACUGUGUGCGGGAAGGGCUGGCCCUCUGGUGGCGACCUGCAGAAGCACAUGAGGACGCACACGGGCGAGCGGCCCUACGUCUGCGCCGACUGUGGGAAGGCCUUCUCCAUUUCCUGUCACCUGACCGAGCACCGCAGGAUACACACGGGUGAGAAGCCGUUCUCGUGUCCAGAGUGCGGUAAGUGUCUGCGGCGGAAGUUUGACCUGAAGAAACACAUGUUGUCUCACGCCAGCGUUCGUCCUUACGCGUGCGUCAUCUGCACAAAGAGCUACACACGCAAAACUCACCUGAGCCGACACCUGCUGACGCACAGCGCGGGCGGAGGAGGCGUCGCGGACCACACCUGAAUCACACGUGGGGGCGGAGAUAAUCCUCUGUCGUGUGCGUGCACGGAUUAUCCUACAUGAACACUUUCAUAAUAAAAUGUUAAAGUCA